AUGUAGGAUAAGAAGGUUGUUAAGGAUUCUUUCAUGAAUUCUUGUUUAAUUAGGGAAAGAAUUCAUAACAUCUUGUUUCAUUCUAAAUGUUUAAUUAUUUAUUGAGUGGAUAGCAAAAACCAGCUGACUCUAGGCAUAUGAACGCCAUCAUGAGUUGAACUAAAACCUUUGCCUCACAUAUUGUCCACAGUGCGGGUUAAAUCUUCAGGGGGAAACUACUGUGCUGCAAAGGAAGUGUUGUGUCAUUUGGUUAAACUGUGUUGCUUCCUUUUCCUCUUUUGUCAUUCCUUAAGUUGAGAGCAAACUGUUCAGAACAAGAAGAUGGCACACGAAAAUAACUGAUAUUACUUUGAACUUCGAAUACGUGUAUUUGUUUUUUACUAUUGAGCUGGACGCAAUAAACCGUUGAGGUUAUUGAGGGAAACUAUGUACUGCAAAUGAAGCAUGGUGGCUUGUGAGGACAUCUAUUGUGUACGUUCGAUGGACCUCUGACUUCAUUGUGAUGUUUGCUUUCUGAUUUAGGCCGUUGGGUUUGAAGUGAAGAAGACAACACCAGCUUAUGCUGUAGCAAUGCUAAAGUGACGCCAGCAUUGUAUCUAGAAGUGCUCGAGACCCUUUAACCAUCCUGUAACCUGCCACACUCAAAGACUGAAGAUAAAUUCCAGCAACGCUGACCAUGAGGGCAGAGAGUCUAUUUCUGGUAUUGCAAUGCCUGUUGGGAUUUGUGCUCUAUAGUGAAGCAUUGUCAACAUGCAAUCCUUUAGACCUGGAACUGAUAAAGAGAAAACGCAUUGAAGCCAUUCGAGGACAGAUCCUCAGCAAGCUACGACUGCCUAAGGAACCAGAAGUAGAUGAUGAAAAGGAGCUUAUAAACAUCCCAGCAGAACUGAUCUCAUUGUACAACACCACUGUAGAACUAAACCAGGAGCAGUUAGCGGAUCCUGUACACCAGCAUGUAGAAGAUCCUACCGAGGAGGAUUACUAUGCUAAAGAGGUUCACAAGUUCACAAUGAAACGAAUGACGGAUAACCCAGGCAUGCACAUAUGGUUCAACAUCACAGACAUAAAGGACAAAUUGGGUUCAAACCCCAUGCUCUCCCAGGCGGAGCUCCGUAUGCGCAUCAAGGAUCCCCACAUAACCUCAGAGCAGAGAUUGGAGCUGUACCGGGACACUGGGGACAAGGCGCGCUACCUGAAUUCACGCUUCAUUUCCAAUCAAAUGACUGGCAAGUGGAUUUCAUUUGAUGUGACGUUAACCCUAAAAGACUGGCUGCUGCAGACGGAGGCGGAACAAGGAUUUCAGGUGAAAGUGGCCUGUGGAUGUAAUAAAGAUGAUUUCCAAUUCAAAAUAGCAGGUUUAGCUGUAUCAUCAAGAGGCGAUAAAGCCAUCUUAGAAGAACAAGAGCCAAAACCCCACCUUUUGGUAAUGUCACUUCCUGUUGACGGCCACAGCCCAUCAAAAUCUCGCAUAAAACGACAAACUGACGGAGUUUGUACCGAAAAGUCUGAGGGGUGUUGUGUGAGGAGCCUGUACAUUGAUUUCCGCAAAGACCUGGGCUGGAAGUGGAUACAUGAACCUUCUGGUUACAAUGCCAACUAUUGCACUGGCUCUUGCUCUUACGUCUGGACUUCAGAAAAUAAGUACUCACAGGUUCUUGCACUGUAUAGGCAUCAUAAUCCUGGUGCAUCUGCUCAACCCUGCUGCGUACCUCAGGAUCUAGAGCCACUGACCAUCAUUUACUAUGUGGGGCGAAGACAUAAGGUAGAACAGCUGUCAAAUAUGAUUGUGAAGACCUGCAAGUGUUGCUGAAAGUGGAAUUUCCGUUUGGUCGUGAUUAGCACAGUCAAGAGAGGAACAUCUUGAGGCCCAGUAUUUUCUGAGGGGAACUAUUUAAUUCCUUUUUUUUUGUCAACUUGUACUUUUUGUUUUACUUGACUCCACUGUAUCACAUUUAGAUAUUGUAGUAUUGCUUGUUUUGAACUGUACAUUUAUGUUGUGAAUAAUACUCUACAUAUGCUGUGCAUGUUGUCAUAGAAGUGGACAUAUUCAUUGUUUGAUAUAAAGGUGCCCAAAGUGUUUAAUAUUAUUAAUAUUAUUUAGCAGAUAAAUCAUAUUGUGACUGAACUUUUUCACCACAGUUCAGGUGUAGUUUUUUUUUUUUUUUUUUUUUUUUAAGUAUUAUUUUGUUUUAUUUUAACAUUAUCUUACUUUUUUUUUUCUUUUUUUUUUUCUUCAGAAAAUCUGAAUAAAGUUUUGCAAAUGAAAACUGUUGGACAUGUUUACAGAACAGACUAAAUAGGAAAAUAGACUAAAUAGGUUUUUAAAUAUGUGCUUGUGAAUUCUUUUUAAAAUUAUUUUAAAACUUAUUUUUGUUUUGUAAUUAAUCCUUCUUAAAACCCAGAAUCCACUGCUUUAUGCACAAUAUAUCAGCUGUUGGUGUCAUUUUAUUUCUGUAUAAUUGUGAUCAAUGUUUUUAAUAUGCUGAGCUGUUUUUCCCAGUCUCCACAUUUGUUACAGGUGUUCAGGAAAGACAGUUUCCUGCCAGCUAUUUUGUUGUGGCUUCAGAGUUGUGGCAAGGCUUUUGAUGUUUAAUUUUAUAAAGGAAGUGAAUUAAAAGUGGCAUGUUUGUAUGCUGAAUGUACGCUGGUAUGUUUGCACACUGCAUUUUAUUUAAUGAUCUUACUGAGAAUAGAAUAGAAUAACAGUCAGUUAGUUACAAUAAAUUAUCUUGAUGUACUUGUUUGUUAGGUGAGAAAAUGAUAUACAGCAGUGGCCAAAAGGCAUAUGUGAAGGGAAUUUUUGUUUUUAAUGACCCUACAAGUUUGAUUAAACCAUCAAAAUAUGAGAAAAAUGUUAGUUCUCUCUUGUUUUUGCAUGUUUCAUUGCAUCAUCACAAAUAAAACAAUUGACUUCAAGCACAA